AAGGGCUGCGCGGCGCGCCAGUCGGGGUUUGGCGGCCGGAGAGUGCGCGGCGUUGGAGCGCAGCGAGCAGGAGGAGCAGUCCGGGAGGGAUUGCUUAGCCUAGCCGGAGGAAGAGGGAUCGCAGCCGGCUAUAGGAGCUGCCUGAAGCCGCCGCAGGAGGCGCCGUGGAGGAUCGGGGAUUUACUUUUCGCUCGUGGUGUGGAUUUAACAGGGGGAGUCGGAAGCGCAGGCGCCGGAAAGCCGGCGGCGGAGGCGGCGGAGGAGGAGGAUGGGCCGCCCGGAGGGGACCCACGACGGCCGCCGCCUCCUCUGCCGUCGGCUGCUGCUGGGACUGCUGCUCGCCCUGUGCCGCCUGGCGCCGCCACUGCUGGCCAAGAGCCUCGAGCCCGUCGCCUGGAGCGCCGCCAACCCAAAGUUUGUGUCUGGAAAGGGACUGAUCAUCUACCCAGAAAUUGGGGACAAGCUGGACAUUAUCUGCCCAAAGGCUGAGUCCUCCAGGCCCUAUGAGUACUACAAGCUCUACCUGGUGAAGCGUGGCCAGGCAGACGCCUGCAGCACCAUCAUGGACCCCAACGUGUUGGUGACCUGCAACCGGCCUGACCAGGAGAUCCGCUUCACCAUCAAGUUCCAGGAGUUCAGUCCCAACUACAUGGGCCUGGAGUUCAAGAGACACCAGGACUACUUCAUCACCUCCUCUGGGUGGGCCAAAGAUCUUCGUCUGAUCUCGGAUCCCCCGCGAGUCCCAAGACCUCUCUGCUGCCAACUUCCAGAGAUCGCCGUAAAAACUACAUCCAAUGGGUCUCUGGAGGGUUUGGAGAACCGGGAAGGCGGGGUCUGCCAGACACGCUCCAUGAAGAUCAUAAUGAAAGUGGGCCAGGAUCCGAAUGCUGUGAUGCCUGAGCAGCUGACGACCAGCCGGCCCAGCAAGGACUCUGACAAUACAGUCAAAAUUGCCACACAGAGCCCACGCAACCGGCUCCCACCUGUGGAGGACCCUGGGAAGCCAGACCACGUCAACCAGGACGGCCAGGACGGCCAGAGCCCGGGAAACGGCUUCUUCAGCUCCAAGGUGGCUGUCUUCGCCGCCAUUGGGGCGGGUUGCGUGAUCUUCAUCCUCAUCAUCAUCUUCCUCGUGGUCCUGCUGAUCAAGCUGCGCAAGCGCCACCGGAAGCAUACGCAGCAGCGGGCGCAGGCCUUGUCGCUCAGCACCCUGGCCAGCCCCAAGUGCGGCGGCAGCGGCGGCUCGGAGCCCAGCGACAUCAUCAUCCCCUUGCGGACUACAGAGAACAACUACUGCCCUCACUACGAGAAAGUGAGCGGGGACUACGGGCACCCCGUCUACAUUGUCCAGGAGAUGCCCCCGCAGAGCCCGGCAAACAUUUACUACAAGGUUUGAGGGAGCAGCAGCCUUGGAAAUGCUUUCUAGAAACUGGGGCUCAGGGGGGCAGGGCGGCCUCUGCCAGGAACCCCUCCUGCCCGAAACGUGCUUGCGACUGCACUGCACGGCAGAGAGUGGGAGGCGGUCCACCCGCUGCCACGGUGAAGCGCAGAGCACCCUUGCCCCUCACGCCCUUCUCCCUCUUCUCCAGUAAUUUAGUUUUGUAGUUCGGAGAUUUUGUAGUUGAGGUGGAGGAGGAGGAAGAAGGACCUCGCCAGCAGACCCUCCUGCCUCGGGAGUGCCGAGGUCUUCACCGCCGCCCUCCCCCCCAGCACGUACCGCUGUCCGUGCUUGGGCUUUGUGCCUUUUCCCUCGCUCUUCGGACAUGUCCAGGGAACGUUGCCGUCGCCGUCACUUACUCUUUCCCUUUUUGUUUUCGAUUCCACUACUCCAAGCUUUUAUGAUUUCAGGUGUUCUCAGGGCGGGGUGUAAAUGUGUGUGUGUUUGUGCACGCCAGGUCAGCUGUCCUUAAACCUGGUCUCCAGGAUAAGUUGGGAAAGGGAGCUGUUUGCCGGUGUGGCAAAGAUGGAGAACCUGCGAAGCGAGGGGAGGUGUCUGGUCCUGACUUUCUCCUGCGACAUCAACUUUUUUGUAACUUCCUUUUGAAGUCGCGGAAUGUUGGAACUCAGAGUCACUGCCGCCAGCCUCCCAAGCUUCUUUUAACUAUUUGCUACACACAUAACUCCCCCAGCCGGGAGCUGCACCAGGGCCCUGGAGACCGUCAUCCUCCCCUCUCCUCCAAUGACCCUCUUUGCCAUUUUGAGCUUCUGCUCUUGGACGUUUGGAGCAGCGCUCUCUCUCUCUCCCUCUCUCUCUCCCCGUCUCUCUCCGGUUUGGGCCUCUCUUCUUUAUUUUUAGUUUAGAAAACAGAAAAAGAUUUCAAAAAUUAAAAUAAAGGUCUGCAGUAGUCAGCAAGAGACAGACA